CUCACCCCCUUUCUUUCUCUUUGUAUUUCUGUCAUACAUUUAGGCCCUGUCCCAAAUUACACUCUUGAUUUACAGUUAAGUGCCUUCAUGUGCCUGUGAAGUGUACCAUUUCUAAUUUUAAGUUUUGUAGGGGGUGCUCAUGAGCACAUCCUAUGUGGCUCUCCUUCUUCUGCCCUCAUGCCAUGGUUACCACAUUUUAGCUGGCACUGUAAAUGCUAUAUAAGUUCAUGCGCAUUUCUUAACAGGAUCUGCAGCUGGCGUGGAUAGAAGAUUGAUGUCUGACAGAUUCACCAUAGGAAGAAGCUUAUGGCGGAGGCCAAUGGCACAAUCAUAGAGGUGUCUUUUGUUUACCAGCAAAUCUUUAAGAUAGACUUUGAUGCUGGCAUUCACACUAGAAUUUCAUUGGCUGUGCUUAUACCCCUGUUCUUCAUCUUUGUAAACUGUGUCAUGCUCAUUGCUUUAGGAAGCAAGUCUGUCUUUUAUGAAACUCCACGCUACAUUCUGUUUGGUCACAUGCUUAUAAAUGAUUCUGUACUUUUGUCUGUCACAACCAUCAUGUAUAUUUUGGGUUGUAUCUCAAUGCAAAUCACCAAAGCCUUGUGUGCUCUUUUAGUCUUUUUCUCCCACUGCACUUUCCGUAACUCUCCUUUGACACUCGCAGUGAUGUCUCUGGAGCGGUAUGUGGCUAUCUGCUUCCCUUUAAGACACUGCAACAUUGCCACACCAAGAAGGACCAACAUCAUUUUGGGAUUCAUAUGGAUCCUUAGCUCUCUGACUAUUGCUAUAGAUAUCAUUUUAGUAUUAAUUGUCAACCCCAGUAGCUUAUCAGAUAAUAUAUUUUGCACGUACGAGAAACUGUUAGUAGCGAAAUGGCAGAUGGAUAAAUAUCAAGGAUUUGAUAUUCUUUAUUUUGUGUCUGUUGGAGUAAUUAUUAUUUUUACUUAUAUAAGCAUUAUGAUCACAGCCAGGUCUGUUACAUCUGAUAAAGAUUCUGCUAAGAAAGCCCUCAGGACAGUGCUAUUGCACCUGAUUCAACUUUGUCUGUGUCUCACCACUUUUCUAUAUGCCACAAUAGUGAAAACACUGUACAUGAUGUCAGGUAACAAUACUUCUUUCUUUUUAACCCUCAGAUAUCUGAUUUAUAUUACUGUUCUUAUUUUCCCACGCUGCUUAAGCCCUUUGAUCUACGGUCUGAGAGAUGAGGCCUUGUUGCCUGUAUUCAAAUAUUACUUCUGUUAUCGUUCAGGUAGAGCAAGACCCCGUGUUAAUGUACAUUAACUGAUCUGGAGAGGUGUUAUAAUAUCAAAAAAAUCGUCUAAAUGUGUAAGAAUUAUGUUGAAUGUUAAAUUCUGUUGACACUUUUUAAAAAUAA